AUGCCGGGUUUUCUUUCAUUGUACCGUGGAGAGCGAUAUCAUUUGAAUGAUUAUCGAGGGCAGAAUCUUCCACCGCAAGGUACUAGAGAACUAUUCAAUUACUUGCAUUCGUCAUUAAGGAAUGUUAUAGAACGAUGCUUUGGGGUAUUGAAAAAAAGAUUUCCAGUUUUAAGAGAUAUGCCUUCAUAUAGUUUGAGAAAACAAAAAUAUAUAGCAUUAGCAUGUUGCGUUAUUCACAACGUGAUUCGAAUGCAUGAUUCUGGAGAUCCAUUAUUUGUCGAGUUUGAAAAUGAAGAUGUGGAGCUUGAAGAAGAUGAUAUGACUGCACAAGAACAACAAACCAUACCGGUCAAUGUCGGCCCAGAGCACCUUCGUGAGAUGUCAAGAGGGGUUUUUCGCCAUGGGAGGUGGAGCCCGACCCCCUUCGACCCCCAAAUCCAAAGCCCUAGAGCUCCAGUGGGUCCCACUAAAGGACCACCCCGUCUUCAAGAGCACCGGCGGCCGCCGCGCGCCUCUUCGUUGUGCAGCGGCACAGCCGGCAAACAUUGCCGCCUGGGGACGCCGCCUUCAUCCCGCCUCUACCUGUGGGACCCGGCAUCCCGACAUAUACACCGCCUCUCGCUUCGGUUCGCCGGCGAGGAUGCCGAUGAGGUUGAAGAUGGCGACGUUGUUCUCGCUGCUUCGCCUUCCGAGGUUUUGAUGCCCGAUAAGGAGAUAAAAUCUGUUGUUGAUCGGAUUUCGCUUAACGAGGACGGAUCGUCGCUGGUUAUUUAUGGGCGUAAUUGCGUCUAUUUCAUGAAUUUGUAUGAAAAGGCUUCUUCAAAUGGUAGCGUGAUAACCUACAGGACGAGCAAUGCUUGUCCUCAAAUUUUCUCUGCUCACAACAAUGGCUUACAAAUUUUACAAGUAACAUGGCACCCUUAUGGAAGCAGUCACGUGGGUAUUUUAUCCUCAGAUUCAGUUUUAAGAUUAUUUGAUUUUUCAUCUGAUUUGGAGCGACCAGAGCAGGAGUUCUAUUUGCAGCCAUAUGAAGUUGGAAGUUCUCAUAAUGCUGUGUCAAUCUGCCCUGUGGCAUUCUCAUUUGGAGGUCAACAUUUGUGGGACCGAUUUUCUGUCUUUGUUUUGUUCAGUGAUGGUUCCAUCUAUGUGCUUUGCCCCAUUAUUCCUUUUGGAAGUCUAUGUAGUUGGGAAUUCUUAGAGGAAAUUCAUGAAGAUGUUAAAGUGUUUGGAGUCAAGUCGCCUAACGCAAUUGUUGCAAGCAACUCAAAUAUGGCUCUUGAUUGGCUGGAGGCAACGUUUCCAGAGCUAGCAGAUGAAUCAUUGGCAGAGCGCAACAAAUUAGUAUUGCGAGCUCAUCCAUAUGCCCCACUAGAUGCAUCACUUGUCCUACAGGGACCACUUGGUAAAAUAUGCACUGGUGAGGAUUCUAGCUCUAAGGGUGCAGAUUAUGAAGCAAAGGCAGUAAGUUUCCUUUACAGCUCUAUUGGCAAAGAUUCAAUUCUUGUGAUUGGUUGGAGCGAUGGGCAGCUUCAGAUAGACGCCCUAGCCGAUGAAAUCCAACCCCUUUGGACUUUUGGUAGUGCACCCCGUCUUCGUGUUGAUUCUUAUGAUCGUAUAAAAGGCGUUGCUAUGAUAUGUGAGUCAAACUCAGAAGAAUUGUCUUCAAAACUCAGUGAUACUUCAGAAACUAUGUUUUCUGGUCCUCCUUUGCUUAGGUUGGCUACAGUGGACCUGUCUCUGCCAAGAUAUGCAUUAGAUAAUUGUUUAUUGGCGCUUUUUCCAGAUCCCCUCCUAGUGGAGAGAUUUUACUGUCUACAUCUUGCGGGAAUAGACUUGAUAUCAUUGCAUUUUCUCCCAUUCUCAAAUCUGCUGAGUGAAACAGACAAGACAGGAAAAGAGCCUUCGGUUCUUCCUAUUCUCACCACUGAUUAUGAUGAAUCUCGCUUGACAUCAUCUCUUUAUGGUUUUGCUGUGAUAGCUGAUCCUUGUGGACAUUCAAAAGUAGUUGGAAUUACUUCAAGUUAUGAGUGUAUAGUUCUGGAAAGCAAGUUUUGGACUGAAGCUACUGCCCUUCAGUAUCAUAUGGAUAUGCUCACUGAUGGUUCUUCGGAUACUGCUGACAUCCCUGAGGUUAUAAGCAAAGAACUUCUUAGCGGUCCAAAGGCUAUUGAUAUUUCUUCAUUGACAAAUUGUAGAUCUUUGACAGCUGAUUCCAUUGAAGGCCGAUCAAUACUUCAUCACUACAUCAAGCUGUUCCAUGAAAAUUAUGUGGAGUAUGCACAUAAGGUUUUUGUUGAGCUUGAACACCAUGAAGAUUAUCAGAAGACAAUAAUGGCAAACCAAAGUAAACGCUUGCAUGAUGCAAAGCAGUUGCUUUUAAAUGUCGAAGAAAAAGAACAAGAUGUAAAAGAUCGGAUUAGUCGGGCUUUCAAGGUUUAUGAGCUUUUGGAACAACGGUUGCAAAAUUUUAGAAUGCUUCCUGGAGCUAACAAGAAACCGCUGUCAAGAGCUGAACGUGAUUUCAAGUCCCAACUCGAAGGAUUCGCAGAUGUAGAGUUGGAUGCGUUGCAUUCUUCUAUCGAGUCUCUGAAUGCAAGAGUGAGAAGAUGUUUUCAAUCUUCUCCAGUUACUACAUCAAACAUAAAACAACAAUCACCAGGAAGGAGGAGAGAUCAAGUAUCAGACAGUCAGAUGCAAAAGAUAAGAUCAUCAAUGGAGUUGCUCUCACUUAUCAACAAGGAGAAUACUAAGAAGAUAGAUCUCAUUGAACAUGGACUUAAGAAGCACCAAGAGUAGUUGACGUAGAAAUCAGUGUAUUUUUGAUUUGUUUUUAUCAGUUUGUUGUAAUAUCAUCAAAGCACAAGUAGUUCAAUUCAUGUUGUGUUGUACAGUAUUUUCAUGAAAGAAUGAAAUCUUCCCAUUGCAUGAAUCAUUUUGUUAUCUUAACAUUACAAACAAGUAUUGUUCCAGUAAAUUUUUUGGUAGUGAGGGACUGUUGUUAUCGAUCA